AUGUCAUCCUCUACACGCGGCAGCGAGUUCCACUUUGUAAACCUCACGAGCGUGACUUUCUACCGCCAUCUGCACAUUCUCCAUCAUGGGAACUGGAGGCGGCAACCUUUAGAGGCCAUACAGCCUCGACAGGAGAUGGUUUGCCUCUCAGAGGCAACGCGGUCGCUCGGUACAUUUAGCGGGAAGAUCCAAUAUGCGGUGAUUUUGUCUGGCAUUGAGUAUAUCAUUUGCUCCGAGUUUGAGAUCCCGGUCCUGGGGGAAAACAAACAUGUCAGCGCAAUGGGCUGUAAUGUUGACUCGCGAGCUCAAGGCCUUCCAGAAGCCAAAUCGCUUUUUGAAUUAACCUACUCUGCGGACCUGACCGUCUUUAGCAAGUUCGUGGUGAACGUCAGGGAGACUCCUGAAGGAAGUGCCUUUAUAAAGCAAUGCCGAGAAGAGUUACAUCUCGCUCUCGAAUCGCUCCGGAGUUCUUCCGCACCCAUCUUGCCAGACCCUGCGGUUCUUCCCCCUUCUCUUCCUUCUCACUUCCUAUGGAACGUGCGCAACAUCGAUUGGAAGCGCCGCCUCAGGAAGGCCCAUCGAUCCCUUCUGAUUCGCAUCGUCAAUCUCACGUCCUUCCCACUCGUGCUGGACAGAAGAGGCGGCGACCGAGUUACGCUUGAAGAGGGUCUAUGGAUUGAGUUUCCUUCCGAAGAGAUCCCUCCGCUCUGUUGCUCGGAGUUCGGCUGUCAAAGCGACGGAUUCUUGCUGGGCACCGGGGGGUCCUGUACAUAUCUUGUGGCCAAUCAGCAGGGGCACCUGCUGUUUGUCUGGGAUCAACCCGGCAUGGGUGGUUGCCGGAGCUUGGGUGUACAUUCAUCACGAUCUCUCCGCGUCUUCCGCCACUCAGAAAACCUUAAUGAAGGCACCUUGGUCUUCCACGUGAUAGACCCGACAAACCCUCCACUUAUCCAGCUAGAAGAGGCUCGUGCGCUUCCUCCCCAAUCCUGGGGACCCUCUCUUACUCCACAUCGGGGGUCUGUUGAGGGAUGCCUCUCCAUCUCCGAAGCAGCAGAAGCUGCGCGUUUUGGAGCCGAUGUGCUGCCUGUCCUCCUGCCUUACCUCGAGCAGUUGGAGCAAAAGGGACAAAGACCUCUCAGCCACCAGCAGAUCAUGCGAGGUAGUGCACGCUUGAACAGGCGUAGGACCUCGACGGUCGGCAAAGGAGGGGAGGCUUGCGUGAAUGGAGACCGUGGGGCCUCCAAGAACGAUAUCGAGCCGCAGCCACAACUGUUCAAGAGAAAACAAGUAGUUAUUACCUCCCCGCGAGCCUUUUUUUGUACGUCUAGCGUUUUGCUACAAGUGGCAGGAAGCAUACAAGUCUUCGGCGCUUUUUAUGCCGGCGCCUUGCAGGGGUUCAAAAGCUAUCGAUCGCUCUGCCUCCCCAAUUCAUGGCUGCUGCUGGGCUGGCGUAUCGGCUGCGAAAGGUACUUCAAAGUGUGGGGCCCCGAUGAAAAAAUCGCCCUGAAAGGAUGGCAGGUUGCUGGUCUAGAAGCGCGAGAGGCGGGGGAGGCUGUGAUGAAGGCCCAGGACCUUAGUGCAGGCCUCAGAGCUCAGGGAUUAAAGUUCGCGAUGUUUGUGUGUGUGUACUAUUGCUGCCAGACGGAUUGGCUAGUGGCUUCGUCAUCCUCAACCACAGUUAUGCAUCCGCCUCUCAUUACAGACCCAUCUGGCGGUUCAGCAGCUCUGCUUGAGGGCCUAGUGGAGGGAUUUAGGAUUUGUGCUUCAGCACUGCAACCAGAAGUUGACAAAUGCAUGCGCAAACUCUUCGGACCCGAUUGGCUGCAGAAAAGCAAACUCCCUUCGCAGCAUGUAUGGCCUGGGGGCGCCAUCGACAGCGAGGCGGAGCUCAUAGACCUCGAGGGUCUCCUGCACCUUAUGACGGCGUAUUGGAACGAGGUCUUCGAGCAGAGAGUCGGGGAUCCGCAGCUGCUACAUCAGCUCCAGACGACGGUUAUCUGGUGGGCGACGCAAGAACUCUCGCGUUUCGAUCGGCCUGGUGUGCAUAGCUUUUUAAGGGUUGCUGCUACCCUCCUUCGAAGCUUCCGUUUUCCUCCUCCCAACGUGUCAUUUUCUCAGAAGUUUGGUGCAGACUCCCCCGCGAGCCGCCUUGAUAGCUUGGCCCUUGGUUUUUGCCCCUCCGGAGGGGUGAUCCAUGAAGACACGAGGGCCGCAGUCAAUCACCUUCUGGAUCACCCUAAGCCAUAG